AUGUCACUAAGUCCCUAUACCUUCGGUUCGCCGUUGUCCUCACCCGACGGCACCUCGCAUGAAUCGGGACAAGUUAGUCUCGAACGAAAGUUGCGCAGGGAACUACGCAAAAGGCAGCGCGAGCAAAAGCGCUUGGAAAUUGAAAUGGAGCUUGAAAAACAAGCCGAGGCGAGGCGGAGAGAACGAAGUGCAACUUUAAAAAAGAUCGAGGAGGGAGAAGAAAAAGAAGAAAUACAAUAUCAGGAAUGGACAAAAAAGAUUAAACAGUUACAGGAAGACGGUGACAAGGAGAGGCAGAAAUUUGAAAGGGAACUGGAAGAGGAUAUCCUGAAAACUAGAAAGGCAAGAGAGGAGAGGCGUCGGAGUAGCUCAGUAUUGUUGGCAUCAGGUGAUCCAUUAAGAUCAUCGAGAAGAAAUUCGGUGGAUUCAUUAGCAUCGAAACCUUUGGGAUCAUCAGUUGAUUCAUCAAUGCGAACAUACGGAUCCCCAACCCGUGCAUCUUUCAGUUUAUCUUCAAAAUCUAAACUUGAAUCACCUGAAACAAUUAAUUCGAUAGGUGAGAUAAUAAGCGAGUCACCCCAAGAAGCUAAAAUUGACGCCGCCGAAGUUACUUCGAGUAGUUCGGUUAUCCCUGAGUCACAAUUCGGUGACGCACGAGAGGAUCAUGAAAAUACGAUUUCACCAAGGCCGGUUAUAAAGUUUUCGGAUUCAACUGAUAAUGUGUUUAAUAACAAAUCCGGCUAUGGUGAUGGAAGUCCCGUAUCACCGACAAAAGCGGCACAAAUUGGCGAAGGUGGAACUCGUGCUCCAUAUGAGGACAUUAGUGUAACCUCACCUGUCAUUGAGGUUAAGGACAAUGAUGAGAGAUUGUUAAAUAAUUUAGACUCUGAUUUAGAAAUGGAAAUAUCAAUUAAAAAGGAUUCAACUUUCGAGGAAAGCGAUGCCUCGGGAAAGCAAUUAAGCGGUGAAGAAGUUGCCAAGGAAAGUGAGACCGCACCGACGAAAGAAGGGCUUUCUGAUUCAAUGUUGAUCGAUGAACACGAAGGAACCUCCAAAGGUUUACCCGACGCCGACGUGAAAGAGGAGGCGGAAACAAAGAAAGAUUCGCCAAAGACACCAGGGCGACUCAAUAUCAAUGAGAUUUUCAAGGAAAAAGAAAGCAAUGUGCCGCCACUUCGCCCUAAACCAGAACCGCCACGUAAGAAAACCUCUCUUUUUACCGCAAUGUUUGAAGAGGCGCAAAAAAAAAAACAUGAAAGUGAAGGAUCUUCAAAAUCCUUGUCUCAGAAAAUGUCAAAUCCCAUCGUGCAAACGACCACAACUACUGUGGUGGAGACGGUCACCAGCGCCGAGAUGGUGAAAAAUGGCGAGAAGGGAGUUGAGGCUACCAAAGUUGAGGUAGAAAAAACUGAAGAGGAGGAACAUAAGAAUCAAAAUAUAGAAAUACCCAAAAAAGGGGACUUGCCGAGAACUCCAGGAAGAUUAAACGUUAAGGAACUCUUCAAGGCAAGAAUAAUCAUCGGAAAGGAAAGUAAUGCGCCCGCGCCUUUAAAGCCUGAACCUCAAAGGAAAAAAAUUUCUUUUGUGGGUACGGUUUUUGAGGAUUUGCAGAGAAAAAACGAAUCUAAUUUGGAUGUGCCAUCUAAAUCUCCGAUCUUACCUGCCGGGAAAAAGUUCUCGACUACCACGACCGUCUCUAGCAUUACCACUGUCGUUAAGCCUGAUGAAGUGAAUCGGAAGGAUAAAGGAGUUGUGCAGGAAAAACUAAAUUCUACACCAACAUCAGACAAUUCUCAAGUGACUUCGAGAAAUGAAGGUGGUAACGAAGGUUCAUCGAAGUCACAAGCAAGUAGAAAGGCCGUACUUGAUAGAUUACCUUGGAUGAAUCAGAAAUCAGAUGAUAUUAGUUCAACUUCUUUAAAUUCUUCAAAAAGUCCAGCUCCGCGUAAAUUGGCCUCUCCGUUUCUUACCUCCUCCAAUACCACCGCCACUACCACCGAACAAUCCAAACCAAGGAUCCCUUCGAAGUUGGAUAAUUCCAUCUCGCAAAAGUUGGAAGGUGUUUUCGGAGGUAAAAUGCCGUUGCCCGGCAUGGGACGUGGAGGCGUGAAGCUGGGUGGAAGGAAAGUAAGUUUGAGUGGAGAAGACGGUGAUACCGAGCGGGUAAAAGUUAUGGUGGGAAUUGGAGGGAAUGGAAGGGAUGAGAUGGCUUCUACGGAUGUUAAAGGAGAAAAAAUUGAGUCCGAAGAAACAUCGGUUGAUUCAUCGACAUCACCCAACACUCUGAAUCAUGUGACAAGGGAUAGACCGAGACCGCCGGGUAGAUCACGACCUCCUACGCGGCCGACAAGAACUGUGAGUAGUGAAAAUAAAGAGAACAAAAGAUUGGAUUUAACAGAAAGCAAAAGCAUUGAUACUUCUAGUAAUGAAAAGGGUGUAGAAUGUAUUGAGAAUACGGAGAGUAAGAUAGCGGAAAAAUCAAACGAACAAACACUCGAAGUUAUUAAUACCAAUGAAAUACCUGAGGAAAUUUCCGUCGGUGAGCAAAGUAAUCUUAAUAAUGAUAGAGUGAAUGAUAAUGUAGAUAAUUAA